AUGCAAAGUGUGGUCGCCAAAGAUGUCCACAGGGUGGCCGCAACUAGAGCAUACACUGUCACUAUCGAAGAGUGGUAUACCAAAACGUGCCAUAAGAACAAUUCACGUUCUGAUAAUGAGAAGCAGGAAGAGCAUGAAGCAAUUUUUAGAAGAAAGGAAAAUGUGGAUGCUUCACUUACAUGGAAAGAUUUUAAAUCGAUGGCUUUUACAUCUCAGGUACUCAAUGAAACAUUUAGGAUGGCCAACAUUGCCCCAGGGAUUCCUAGGAGGGUGAUCAAAGAUAUCCAUAAACGGUACUUGAGUAGAUAUGUAAUCCCAAAAGGAUGGACACUUAUGGUUGUUGCUACGGCUAUUCACAUGAACCCUAAAAAGUUUGAUGAUCCUCAUAUCUUUAAUCCAUGGAGAUGGAAUAAAAUCUGA